CGGUUUCAGACUGUCGACGCCGUCGCUGCAAACACACUUGAGUGAGUCAGAUAUGGCCAGAUUGGAUGUCACUGAGACCUUUCGUGGGAUUUCAUUCCCUGGACACCUGCACACCCAAACCUCUCUGCAGCUCGCCCUCAAGUUCCCCUUUCAGGACUCAGACAUUGUAAUAGUCACCUACCCCAAGUCAGGCACCACCUGGAUGCAGCAGAUUGUGACUCUCAUUCUAAACAGAGGAGACCCACAAGUGUCACAGACGGUCCCGAACUGGGCCCGGGCGCCGUGGUUGGAGCAACAUUACUGUGCUGCUGUUUUGGAAUCUUCACCUGCGGAACCUCGAGUUAUUACCUCUCACUUACCACAUCACCUCCUGGGCCCCGUCCUCCAGGGCUCCAACGCAAGAGUCAUUUACGUGAGCAGAAACCCCAAAGAUGUGGCAGCUUCUUUUUACCACUUCCACAAGGUUGCCAGGUUCCUGCCUGAGGUGGGAUCAUUUCAAGACUUCUUGAUUCGGUUCCUGGACGGCACCUUGCAUUUUGGGUCGUGGUUUGACCAUGUCAAAGGGUGGACAAGCCAAGUGGCAACAAUGAGCAACCUGCUUCACAUCACCUAUGAGGACAUGUCCAGAGACCUUCACGGCUCCAUCAAAAAGGUCAGCUCGUUCCUCCAGCGACACCUGCUGGACGAAGAGGUGCGCAACUGCGUGAGGCACAGCCGCUUCUCCAGCAUGAAAGACAACAAGAUGACCAACUACACACUCAUUGAUGGGCAAAUAAUGGACCACAAGAAAGGCUGCUUCAUGAGGAAAGGUGAAGUGGGCGACUGGAAAAACCACUUCUCAGAAGAUCAGACUCAACACUUUGACUCUGUCAUGAAGAGCAAGAUGGAAGGCUGCAGUUUGGAGUUUAUUUGGGAGAAGGAAGAGGGGCCUGAGUAGCACUCAUUUAAGUUGCUCUUGUUUAAAGCAAAGUUUCAUUUGACCUUGAAAUCGACUCUUUUCUGGAUUGGAUGAUUAGACAGAUAUGUUUUUGUUUGUUUCUAUGACUCCUUUCUUCUUGUCCUCCACAUUUUUUCUAUUGUUAAAUUUUAAUUUUCAAAACAUAUGUCAUUUUCAGUACUUAAAUUUUAGCUCACGUUCGAUAUCUAAAUAUAUUAACGCCCUCUGCAAUAUGUUCCUAAUGAAUGACUUAUUCCAAA